AUAUCGCGCUGUCGUCUUCUUCUCGAGCGUUCAAUUCAAGUGUCAUCGAGGCUGCUCCUUUCUCCUCCUCGCCCUUUCGCUUCGCUGGAGCAGCUGAUUUCCGAGAACUCAUCCCCGCUUCCGUCCAUCCUCCGCAGAUUACUCACCUGCCAUUACCAAGUCAGUGCUAGGUUUUGACGGAGGGGGCAUCGAUGGAGAGGGAGAACUCGGCGAUCGACAGGGAGGAGCAUGACGUGGACUUCCUCUUCGGCGGAAGCACCGACGGCGACAGCGAUGCGGGGGGCGGGUCGGACAAUGGAGAAGAGGAGGAGGGCGUGGAGCGGUCAGGUAGCAUAUUCUCUCAGCAGUGGCCAAAAAGCUAUAGGGAAAGUGUUGAUUCAUACACAAUUUCGGCAUCACCAGCCUUCGGUUAUCUUGGGCCUUUGCGUAGUCUUAGACUAUCUAGCUCCCUUAGUCAAAGUGGACAAGAUUCUGAAUUGAAAUUGCCUCUUCUGUCCAGUGGCAUAAGUGAGAAGCAAGAAUCACAUGAAAGCAUGAGGAAAUCUCUUGAUUUGGCAUCAAAUAAGUCAGUAUCGUUUUCAUUUUCUGGUGAAGGAUAUGCUCAUCAUGGAUGUAGUGUAACUCAAACAGUCUUUAAUGGAGUUAAUGUAUUGGCAGGAGUUGGUCUUCUUUCUACUCCAUUUACUGUGAAAGAGGCAGGAUGGGCCAGUUUGGUAAUGCUAGUUGUAUUUUCUGCGGUUUGUUGCUACACUGGCAUUCUUAUGAAGCAUUGUUUUGAGAGCAAAGAUGGCAUAUUUAGCUAUCCAGAUAUUGGUGAAGCUGCAUUUGGAAGAUUUGGACGCCUUUUUGUAUCUGUUGUUUUAUAUGCAGAACUAUAUGCAUACUGUGUAGAAUUUAUUAUUUUAGAAGGUGAUAACCUUACAAAUAUCUUUCCUGGGACUACUUUGGAUUGGGCAGGGAUUCAUGUUGAUUCUAUUCAUUUGUUUGGGAUACUUACUGCUCUAAUUGUCCUACCGACUGUCUGUUUACGAGACCUUAGAGUAAUCUCUUAUCUUUCAGCUGGUGGAGUGGUGGCCACCUUGUUGAUCUUUGUCUCUGUAAUUACCGUGGGUUUUACUGAUGGAAUUGGUUUCCAUCAUUCUGGUAAAGCUGUGAUUUGGGGUGGCCUUCCAUUUGCUAUUGGUGUGCAUGGUUUUUGUUAUUCUGGGCACUCCGUGUUUCCAAAUAUUUACCAGUCAAUGUCAGAUCGAACAAAAUUCACAAGAGCAUUGUUAAUAAGUUUUACUCUGGUUACAUUGAUUUAUGGUUUGCUUGCUGCCAUUGGAUAUCUCAUGUUUGGCGAAGGCACAUUGUCCCAAAUAACAUUGAACUUACCAAAGAAUUCAUUUGCCUCAACAAUUGCAAUAUGGACAACGGUCAUCAAUCCAUUCACCAAGUAUGCAUUAUUGCUAAAUCCCAUAGCUAGGUGUUUGGAGGAGCUGCUUCCACAAGAAACUGCUGAUAAACUUUGGUGCUCAAUGAUGUUAAGAACAACACUCGUUAUAUCUACAGUGUGUGUAGCUUUUCUUCUGCCAUUUUUUGGUCUAGUGAUGGCAUUAAUAGGUUCACUUCUCAGCAUCUUAGUGGCCAUCAUAAUGCCAGCCCUGUGUUUCUUGAAGAUAUCUAGGAACAAAGCUUCACUCAUACAGGUUGUAUUGAGCUUCGCAACUGUGGCAAUGGGCACAGUGUGCGCUAUCAUCGGGACAUACUCAUCCCUGUCAAAGUUAUCAAGCAAUUACUGAGGUGCAGUACAUGCACUACACCGAUCAUUCUCCGUUUGAAAUGUUGUUGCAUUUCAACCAUUUCCUUUGCUGCAAAUUUACUUCUGUAGUUGAGUGCAUCAGCACGCAGAAGAUGUUUGAUAAUACGAUUUGUUUGCUAUUUUCUAACGAACAUGCUAUAUAUUGCGAUGCUCUCACUGAAUGAAGAAAUUUCUACCA